GAAUCGCUCCCACGCCCAUUUCUCAGCUUCUCGUUUCUUCAUUCCUCCGUCGUAACCUAAUCAGAUCUGAGCUUUUUUAAAAAUAAAAAUAAAAAUAAAACCCUAGUAGAUUCAAUCAAUUUCCCCAAUUCUAACUAGAAGAUCCCAAGAUCCAAAUCCAUGGCGCUCAAUCUCCGGCAGAAGCAGACGUCUCAGAUCAUCCGCAUGCUCAACCUCAACCAACCCCCCUCCCCCUCCUCCUCCGCGGCCGCAUCAACCUCCGGCGAGGUCUACAAGAUCCUGAUCCUCGAUCGCUUCUGCAGAGACAUCCUCUCCCCCUUGAUCCACGUGAAGGACCUGCGCAAGCACCUCCUCGAAACCCUAGCUGCUGAAACCCUGAGGUCCGACUCCGUGCAUCGGAUCGCCAAGAUCUACGAUCAGUAUCUUGAGUUUGUAACCCUUGAAGACAACCUCUUCUCGCUCGCUCUCAAGGAUAUCUAUGUUCAGAUGAACGAUCCCUCGGCUGGAGAGCCCGAGAUCCAGUCGAUCGUUGAUAAGAUCGUAGGGGGUCUGUUCUGCGUGCUCGUAACCCUCGGGGUUGUUCCGGUGAUCCGAUGUGCGCAGGGAGGGCCUGCCGCGAUGGUGGCCGAGGCGCUGGACGCCAAAAUUCGAGAUCAUUUGGUUACCAAAAACAAUCUCUUUUCGGAAAGUGGGGGUCUUGUGAGCUCGUUUCAGAGACCUGUGCUGUGUUUGUUUGAUAGGAAUUUCGAGCUGGCUGUUGGGAUACAGCACGAUUGGAGUUACCGGCCGUUAGUGCAUGAUGUUCUUGGAUUGAGACUGAAUAGGGUUAACGUGCAGCAAGGGGAGAAGGGAUUGGGCGCGCCAGCGAUGAAGGCAUAUGAAUUGGACUGGACUGAUUCGUUCUGGGUAGCAAACAGUUGGUCUCCAUUCCCAAAGGUGGCUGAGGAGAUUGAGCUGCAGUUGGGAAAGUAUAAGCAGGAUGUUGAAGAGGUUAACCGGAGGACCGGUGGAAGUGACAGCGGGGCUACUGAAUUUGAUGGAACAGAUUUGAUUGGGAACACGAAGCAUUUGAUGAAUGCAGUUAAUUCAUUACCUGAGCUCACAGAGAGGAAGAAGGUAAUUGAUAAGCAUACAAAUAUAGCUACGGUAUUGUUGGGUGAAAUAAAGGGGAGAUCUUUGGAUGCUUACUGUGAGCUUGAAAACAGUAUGUUGACGAAAAUGAGUGUGGAUAGGAGUGCUUUGAUCGAUCUACUUAGAGGGAAAGGAACCAAGGUUGAUAAGAUUAGGUUGGCAAUAACUUACCUUCUCUCGGUGGAAACCACACCGCAAUCAGAGUUGGAAGCAAUAGAAGCUGCACUGAGGGAGUCUGAGGUGGAUACUUGUGCAUUUCAGUAUGUGAAGAAAAUAAAGACUCUGAAUUCAUCAUUGGCUUCUUCCAUGAGCUCGGCUAGCAAGAGCAACAUUGUGGAUUGGGCUGAGAAGCUAUAUGGGCAGUCAAUUAGUGCUGUGACUGCUGGUAUGAAGAAUCUAUUAUCAGGUGGAAGGCAGCUUGCAUUGACUAGGACAGUAGAAGCAUUAAUGGAAGGGAAACCAAACCCAGAGGUGGAUUCUUAUCUUCUGCUUGAUCCAAGGGCACCGAGAUCAGGUUCAGGGUCACAAUUGAGGGGGCCAUUCAAAGAAGCUAUUGUUUUCAUGAUAGGCGGUGGGAAUUACGUUGAAUAUAGCAGUUUGAUGGAAAUGGGUCAGAGGUCACAACCAGUGAAGCAUGUGAUAUAUGGGACUACCGAGCUUCUUAAUGGUGGAGAGUUUGUGGAGCAGCUCACUGUGUUGGGGCAGAAAAUGGGAUUGGGAAGUACUGGUGUCAGUCCAUCUCAAUGAUGAGCGUUAGAUUUGUAUUUGUUGUUUCCUGGUUUGAAUUCUGCUGGAUUUAUAUACUACAUGCCAAAUCUAGAUGAAGAGUAGAGGUGACAUCCUUCUUUACGAUCAGAAGUGCUUCAUAAUUAUGCAUCUAGUUGAUUUUAUAGCGCUGUUCAUUUCUGUCUUGUAAACCAUUUAGUUUUCUGGGAUUCUGAAUGAUACUUGAUGGCAUGACCCCACAUCAUUCUUUGUGGCUACUGGCUAGUAAAUUUCCUUGUUUUUCCUUUUUCUAAAACUGUGUUGCUUCUUUGAAGGCUUUAGUGUUUGAUGUGUAUAAACUUUUGAUAUUGGUGAAUCUAUUUUUCUUACUAUA